UUGCUUGGCUAGCCAGCACUGUCCAUGGCCAUGGCAUUUCCCCAGGUAAUGCUCGCACUAGUACCGCUGCUAGCAACCGUGGUCGCUGCUGCUGCUUCCCUUCCUACCAACAACGACACUGACCUCGCCGCACUGCUCGCGUUCAAGGCCCAGCUCUCCGACCCUCUUGACGUCCUCCGCCACGGCUGGCCCCCCAACACGUCCUUCUGCGGCUGGGUCGGCGUGUCGUGUGGCCGGCGCCAACGCCAUCGCGUCACCGCCCUGGAGCUCACAGGCGUGCCUCUCCAUGGCCCGCUCGCCCCUCACCUUGGAAAUCUCUCCUUCCUCUCCGUGCUCAACCUCACCCACACCAACCUUGUCGGCUCCAUCCCCGCCGAGCUCGCCCGGCUGCGUCGCCUUAGGUACCUCAGUCUUGGACAUAACAGCUUGUCUAACUCCAUCCCAUCUACCUUUGGCAACCUUACUGGUCUCCGGGUGCUUGAUGUGGGCAACAACAUGCUGUCUGGUCAGAUCCCAACGGACAUGCAGCAAGGAUUGCACAACCUUGCCUACAUAGCUCUGCAUGCCAAUUACUUUAGUGGCCCGAUACCACCUCAUCUGUUCAACAACACACCUCUCCUAAGCUAUGUCUCCUUUGAGAACAACAGCCUAUCUGGAUCAAUACCUCAAAGCGUUGGCCAUUUGCCCGUGCUUGAUGUCCUUGACCUGCGGCGAAACCAGCUCUCUGGACCAGUUCCCUCGACAAUUUUCAACAUGUCUAGACUUAGAAUGCUGUAUAUGGUCAGUAACAAUCUGACUGGCCCAAUACCUGUCAACAUCAGUCUUCCCAUGUUACAAGCAAUUUCCCUCUCUGUCAACUCCUUCACGGGUCCGAUUCCGUCAGGCCUUGCUUCCUGCAAGUAUAUCAGGGUCAUCGCUCUGGCUCUGAAUAACUUCACGGGUCCCGUGCCGGCAUGGCUGGCAGAGCUACCGCUCCUUACUGGCCUCUUAGCUGGGGGGAAUGAACUUGUCGGGCAAAUCCCUCGUGAGAUUGGGAAUCUCACCAUGCUCACCAGGCUUGACCUCUCAUUCUGCAAGCUCAACGGAGAGAUCCCAGUAGAAUUUGGGAAGUUAAGACAGCUCAGCAUUCUGUAUCUUUCAUCUAAUGGACUCACAGGUUCCAUUCCUUCUUCUCUUGGCAACUUGACAUCAUUAUCCUCCAUAGGGUUGGCCCGCAAUCUAUUGACCGGGUCAGUACCAGCAACACUUGGGGACAUGAAAUCACUACAGCAUCUCGAUAUUGGAUCAAACCACCUACAAGGGGAGCUUGUCUUCUUGGACGCUCUCUCGAAUUGCAGGGACCUCCAUUUCAUAAAUUUGCAGGUGAAUGAUUUCACUGGAGGCCUUCCUGACUAUACUGGAAACCUCUCGAAGAAGCUUGUGGUUUUUGAUGCAACUGGCAACAAGUUGACAGGAGGAAUUCCAUCGACAAUAUCAAAUCUAAGUGCUGUCAGCUCGUUGAUCCUCAUGGACAACCAACUAAGCCAGUCGAUCCCAGAAUCCAUAAUGACUAUGGAGAACCUUGAGAGGGUUGACAUCUCAGGGAAUAGCUUCGUUGGUCCCAUCCCAGCGCAAAUCGGUAUGCUCAAGAGACUGGUACAACUGUUUCUCUACAACAAUAAAUUCUCUGGUUCUAUACCAGAUGGCCUUGGUAAUCUCACUUUGUUGGAGUACAUUUCCUUGUCUUAUAACAAUCUAUCCUCUCAUGUGCCAGCAAGCUUGUUUCUUCUUAACAACCUUGUUGAACUGAAUCUAUCCAGUAACUCUCUGACUGGUGCAUUACCUUUUGACCUCGGCCACAUGAAACAGAUUAACAAAAUGGAUCUCUCCACCAACAACUUGCUGGGCAGCCUUCCAGAUUCUUUUGGACAGCUUGGGAUGCUAACUUACCUAAACCUGUCUCACAACUCGUUUCAAAAUUCUAUUCCGUACAUUUUUGGCGAUUUAAUUAGCUUAACAACACUGGACCUAUCUUCCAACAACUUGUCCGGUACAAUUCCAAAAUACUUGACAAACUUAACCUACCUCACCAGCCUGAACUUAUCCUUCAAUGAGUUACAAGGUCCAAUUCCAGAUGAAGGUGUUUUCAGAAACAUCACCUUGCAAUCUCUGAUAGGGAACUUUGGUCUGUGCGGUGCUCCCCGUUUAGGAUUUUCGUCAUGCCUGGGUAACUCUCACUCUGUUAAUAACGGACAUUUACUAAAGUUCCUACUCUCUUCUGUUGCUUUAGCGUUGGCGGCUAUAGCUAUAUGCUUAUACUGGCUUAUAAGAAGGAACAGCCUGAAGCAGGGAGAGGUAACAACUGAUGUUCAUGGAGUUGAACCAAUCAGCCACAGGUUAGUGUCCUACCAUGAGGUUGUUCGUGCCACAGAAAACUUCAGCGAGGAAAAAAUGUUGGGAGCUGGAAGUUUGGGCAAAGUUUUCAAAGGCCAACUGGACGAUGGUUUGGUGGUCACGAUUAAAGUGCUCAACAUGCAAGUCGAGCAGGCCAUAAAGAGCUUUGAUGCUGAAUGCCAAGUGUUGCGGAUGGCUCGGCAUCGCAACUUGAUUAGGAUACUGAAUACCUGUUCCAACUUGGAUUUCAGAGCAUUGCUGCUUCAGUACAUGCCCAAUGGUAGCUUGGAGGCACACUUGCACACUGAAAAUAGUGAACCACUAGGAUUCAUCAAGAGAUUGGACAUUAUGCUUGGGGUGGCCGAGGCGAUGGAGUACCUGCACCAUCAUCACUGUCAAGUUGUCCUACACUGUGACCUGAAGCCUAGGAAUGUGCUGUUUGAUGAGGACAUGAUGGCACAUGUUGCCGGCUUUGGCAUUGCGAAGUUACUUCUAGGCUAUGACAACUCCAUGGUCUCAGCAAGUAUGCCAGGGACAAUUGGGUAUAUGGCCCCAGAGCUUGCCUACAUGGGGAAGGCGUCACGGAAGAGCGACGUGUUUAGCUUUGGGAUCAUGCUGCUCGAAGUCUUCACCGGGAAGAGGCCCACGGAUCCCAUGUUUGUUGGAGAAUCCAGUCUUAGGCAGUGGGUUUCCCAAGCAUUUUCAGCAAUGCUCGUUGAUGUUGUUGACAAGAAGCUGCUGCAAGGUGAGGAGAUAAGCAGUCGUGACUUUCAUCACCAGAUCAAUACUACUCCAUCGGCAUUACCUUCCACCGCUUGCAACAGCGACUUUGUUGUAUCAACAUUCAAGUUGGGUCUGGAGUGUUCAAGUGAUUCUCCUAACGAGAGGGUGAGCAUGAACAACGUGGUUGUAAGGCUGAAGAAAAUCAAGAAGGAUUGCUCGGCUUCCAUGGCAGCGACAAAGGGCUGAGCUUUUGUAUGGUACUGUGUUCGGUUCUCUAUAAU